AUGUUCGAUUCCACUGGCAUGGGAUUCGACCUCGUGCUGACGCACAAGAUGCUGGGUAUCACCCUUGACGCGGAGCUGUCCUUCGCCCCCCACGCGAAAGCUACCAUGGCCAUGGGGCGCUCCUUGUUCGAUGAGCUUUACCAAGCAGCGGAGGCGGGCGGGUUUCCGGUUCGUGUCCUAGCUGCCCAGGUGUUGAUCAGAAUUGUUCCCGCAGUGCUGGCAGGUGCUGCUGUGCUGGCCGCCGUGCCCAACAUUGAGAGUGAUCUCAAUAGUUUGCAAGCGUACUGGGCCAGGGCCACCUUGGGCUACAGACGUGGCCCGCGGCUGAAGUGGGCCCUCUCGCGCCUUCAGUGCCAGUGGGACCUGAGGCUUGGAACGCUCAUGAUCCUGCAGGGACACCCGGCGACGGCGAUGCGGGAUGCCGCGCGCCAGUCGCCGCUCAUGGCCAGCAUGCCGAACGGGCCCAUUCGGGACAUCAGCGCCAAUGAGGGGUUCACAGAGGAGGUGGCACUGCCAGCCCUGCGCGCCUAUGACCAGCCAUCGGUAGAUGCGCUGUGGGCAUCCAUCGACGGCGGGGCGCCUACGACGCAGCAGGCGGCGAACCUGGCCCUACUUGGCCCGGAAGCGACCGCCGACUGGAUCAAGUAUGUAGGCUGGGCGCUGGUACGCUGUGCAGGGUACCACACCCAGCCGUUCCGGCAGAGGUGGUUCGGCGGCGCCGGGGCGCUCUCGGAGUGGGACGUGAGACAGCGCAUCGUGCGGACCCUCAAUUUUGUGAAGCAGCAGCUGGACUUCGGUAUCCACUACGUCUACCCCGCCAACAGCGUGCCCGGAGCCUCCUCGGUGUAG